UUGAAUGCUUCGUGUUAAAGACGCAAAUUCUUAAGUCAGUACAAUAAAGUUCCGAUUCAGUGUAUAAAAGAGUGAUGUUUCGGAAUUUUAAUACAAUGACCAGACUAGCCUAAUGGAAAAUGAACGAAUAGCAUCAGUUCUCAACAGUUCUCCACGGUGGUUGGGAGGGUCAGAGAACAGUUUUAGUUUUGUAUUUGAAUUUAGUUUACAUUAAGUGUGAUUUAGAUCUAUAAUUACGAAAAAAUAGUCUAGCAGCAGUAGUCCUGCUAAUACUUUUCAUUUAAUUUCCAUUAUUUUUAUUUUUUUUUUAUCAAAAAGGAGAUAUUUGCAGGUGACUUGAACGUUGUAUGUGAAAUUAGUGAGUGUGAAGAGAUUUAAUCCACAAAAUAAAUCAUGGCAUUAAUAAUAAGGAGCCUCAUCGAUGGCUACAGAUACAUAAAUGACGAAAUAUCUGAUCCGAGAUCAAGGGAUUGGUUUUUGAUCGGGACACCAUGGCCUGGCCUGGCACUUUUAGGAUUUUAUUUGCAUUUCACCUACAGACUUGGACCAAGCAUAAUGGCAAAUAGGCCACCUAUGAAACUAGAUCGAAUAAUGCAAGUGUAUGACGUUAUACAAAUAAUAUUAAGUAGUUAUCUAUUCUAUAAGGCACUAGUAUUGGGUUGGAUGAAUGAUUACAGUUUUACUUGUGAGCCGGUCGAUUACUCAUUCAGUCCAAAAGCUAUUGAGAUUGCAAGGACAGUCCAUUUGUAUUUUAUUGUGAAGAUUAUCGAUCUCCUUGAUACAGUCUUUUUUGUGUUACGGAAAAAAGAUAAACAAAUAUCAUUCCUCCACGUUUAUCAUCACGCAGGAAUGGUAAUGGGCAGUUGGGGAGGGGUCAAGUACCUCGCCGGAGGUCACGCGACAUUUUUAGGUCUAGUGAAUUCAUUCGUUCACAUUAUUAUGUACACGCAUUACCUCAUAAUGUCAUUGAAAAUUGCAAAACCUUGGUGGAAAAAGUAUAUAACACAGCUUCAAUUGUUUCAAUUCAUUCUGCUGCUCAUUCAUUUUUCACAAUUACUUUGGACCAAGGAUUGUGGUUUUCCACGUUGGCCAGCAGCUGUCUUCAUACCUCAGAAUCUAUUUAUGAUAGUACUCUUUGGAGACUUUUAUUAUCAAACUUACGUUAAGAAGAAGCCAAAGAAAUCUGCGAACGAAAAUGGACAAGCUAAUAACGAGGCAUCUAAUGGCAAACCGAAGUCUCAAUAAUAGUCUACAAUUAAUGCACAAAUUUACCGAAAAUUUAAUUUGUAUAGAUUCAUCAUGUUAAACUUUCUCAUUUGAAGUUAUCAAUCGAAUAAUUAAAAUUUUCAUAGGAAUCUGCUAAAUGAGAUAUAUUUCAUUUUUUUCCAGAAGUUUAUUUAGAAUCAUUUUAAAUAAUUUUUUCGAAGCAUUAAUUAUGAUUAAUUUUAUUUAAUAGCUUAUAUACUAAAAAUUCAUAGCUCAUUAAAUUAUCGAUUCAAAAGAUUUCUUUUUAAGUGCAACUUAUAAAGCUAGUAUAUUAUUAAACUGCUAGAUUAUUCUAAUAAUUUAUUUAUUCGAAUCCAAAAAUCGUACGUUCAAAAAUUAAAAUAAAUAUGCAAAAAGUUAUCCACAGUUACAGUUAUAUUGCAUUAGGUCAGUAGCAUAGAUUUACAUUCACCGCGUAUACAUUUUUUCGAUGAAUAUUUAUUCUGGUUUCGACACAUUCGAAAUCAUACGGGAUUGUUGCGAUCUUCAUUUGUAUGAUAGUUUAAGAUGUAUUUUGCAUUUCAGCACACUUGUGUAAUUUUUUUUUUUAAAUUUUAAUUAACAUUCAAUACAUGCUCUUAAAUUUUAAAUUGACUAUGCAAGAUAU